GCGCGCUUAGAGCUUAGCCCCGCCCCAUCCGUACCCCGGCGCGCGCUCCCCUAUUCUCCCGCUCGGCAACGACAGCGAGUUUGUGCGCGUGCGCGCGAAAUAACGGCCGCUGGCGGAGGGAGGCGGGGGGUGGAAUCUUUGAGGGGGGGGAAGAGCGAAGCUUCCCCGUCUCCCGCGCGCCCACCACCUGCGCCAUCGUCAGCCAAUCAGCGGCCGUCUCAGGGGUCUCGCGCUUGGGGCGACUCCGGCUGCUGGGUGGCUCCCCCGUCCCUCCUCCCGCCAGAGUCCCUCUCGUACCUCCCCCCUCCCGCUGGCCUCGCGCGCGCUCGCGCUCGCGCCCGCUCCAGCCUCUUGUGUGUCCUCGCGCCCCCCGCCCGCCCUCCCCGCGCGCAGUGUGCUCCGCUCCCCCCACCCUCCUCCUCCUUCCCCCCUCCCGCCCGCCCCGCGCGCCUCCUCCCUGGGUUCCCCCUCCCCCACUACCGCCUCCUCCUCCUCCCGCCCCAGGGUGAGCGCGAGCCACCUCCCUCCCUCCCUCCGCCAUGGAUCCAGGCAACUGGAGCAGCUUCAUCUUCCAGGGUCACGCCCAGAACCCCCUGCAGGUCGGGGCUGAGCUCCAGUCCCGCUUCUUUGCCUCCCAGGGCUGCGCCCAGAGUCCGUUCCAGGCCGCGCCGGCGCCCCCGCCCACGCCCCAGGCCCCGGCGGCCGAGCCCCUCCAGGUGGACUUGCUCCCGGUUCUCGCCGCCGCCCAGGAGUCCGCCGCCGCCGCCGCUGCCGCCGCUGCCGCCGCCGCCGCCGCCGCCGUCGCUGCUGCGCCCCCGGCCCCGGCCGCCGCCUCCACUGUGGACACAGCGGCUCUAAAGCAGCCCCCGGCGCCCCCUCCGCCGCCCCCGCCGGUGUCGGCGCCCGCCGCCGAGGCCGCGCCCCCUGUCUCUGCCGCCACGAUCGCCGCAGCCGCGGCCACCGCCGUCGUUGCCCCAACCUCGACGGUCGCCGUGGCCCCGGUCGCAUCUGCCUUGGAGAAGAAGACAAAGAGCAAGGGGCCCUACAUCUGCGCUCUGUGCGCCAAGGAGUUCAAGAACGGCUACAAUCUCCGGAGGCACGAGGCCAUCCACACGGGAGCCAAAGCCGGCCGGGUCCCCUCGGGUGCUAUGAAGAUGCCCACCAUGGUGCCCCUGAGCCUCCUGAGCGUGCCCCAGCUGAGCGGAGCCGGCGGGGGAGGGGGAGAAGCGGGUGCCGGCGGCGGAGCGGCCGCAGUGGCCGCCGGUGGCGUGGUCACCACGACCGCCUCGGGAAAGCGCAUCCGGAAGAACCACGCCUGCGAGAUGUGCGGCAAGGCCUUCCGCGACGUCUACCACCUGAACCGACACAAGCUGUCGCACUCGGACGAGAAGCCCUACCAGUGCCCGGUGUGCCAGCAGCGCUUCAAGCGCAAGGACCGCAUGAGCUACCACGUGCGCUCACAUGACGGCGCUGUGCACAAGCCCUACAACUGCUCCCACUGUGGCAAGAGCUUCUCCCGGCCGGAUCACCUCAACAGUCACGUCAGACAAGUGCACUCAACAGAGCGGCCCUUCAAGUGUGAGAAAUGUGAGGCAGCUUUUGCUACGAAGGAUCGACUGCGGGCCCACACAGUACGACACGAGGAGAAGGUGCCAUGUCAUGUGUGCGGCAAGAUGCUGAGCUCGGCUUAUAUUUCGGACCACAUGAAGGUGCACAGCCAGGGCCCUCACCAUGUCUGUGAGCUCUGCAACAAAGGUACAGGUGAGGUCUGUCCAAUGGCGGCAGCGGCGGCGGCGGCGGCAGCAGCGGCAGCAGCAGCAGUGGCAGCCCCUCCCACAGCUGUGGGCUCCCUCUCGGGGGCCGAGGGGGUGCCUGUGAGCUCUCAGCCACUUCCCUCCCAGCCCUGGUGAGCUCCAAGUUGGUGGGGGGGAGAGGGGAGAAUGGAGGAAAGUCCCUUGGUACCAUCUCCUCUUUCCCUCUCUCUUCCCACCAACUCCUCACUACUUCCCCCAUCAACCAAGGAGCCUCCAGAAGGAAAGGAGGAAGAAAUGUUUUCUUAGGGGAAUUUGCUAGGUUUUAACGAUUUGUUUCUCCUGCUCCUCUCUUCUCCCUAUCAGACCUGACCCCACACACACCUGUCCCCUCGGUUGUGUUGAGGCCCCCUGGACAGUGGGCAGGGGUGGCAGAGGACAGGAGAGGCCACUGCCCUCAGCCCCUCUCCUCUCUGUAACCCCCUGCCCUGCCCUUCCAGGGAUUUGUGAACCUUCUCCCUCGAUGGUCCUUCUUGCUCUCCUCCUUCCAGUGUCCCCCUUACUGUCUGCUGCCCCUCCCUGGGGAGUUGGUGCUUUUUUUUUUUUUCCAGGGGGAGGGAGGAGAGGAAGGAGGGAAAUCAAAGAUUCUGUCCCAGAGAGGGGGAAAGGUGAGAUUUGAGAAGGGGCAGAAGCAGGGAAGGCAAAGAUUGUACCUUCGUAAGGUGGGAUUGUUUGGGGUCAGGCCCUAAACAUCAUCCUGCUUGAGCAUCUGUCGGGGAAAACAAGUCAAGGGGAGCAAAAGAAGGAGCCACUAGGGCCAGAGGCAGGACAAGAGAUGGAAUCUUAGGGGGCCAGGGUAAAUGGGGGGGAUCCAGGGACUAGAGGUGCUUCCUGGGGGUGGGGGGAAUGCAGCCACAGUGUCUCCCCCUUCCCUCUUCCACCCCAGCUCCAGCCCUGGCCUUUUCUUUUCAUCCCUCUCCCCCACGACAGAAGCUGUGGCCCUGGCCAUGUCAUCGUGUUCCUGUGUCCCCUGCAUGUUCCCCACCCUUCAUCCCCUCCUUUUGCGCGGACCCCAUUACAAUAAAUUUUAAAUAAAAACCUG